UUUGUUUAUCAAUAAACAUAUUUGUUUAUUGAUACCUCAAAGACCAAUUUGCACACACUGGGCGACUAAUAGGAAAGUUAACAUGAGUUUCUUCGAUUUUUUACUCAAGCAGGAUACGAAUUAAGGACAAGGAGCGAAAAAAAUGCAUUUUUAACUGCUUGAACCGAAAAAUUUUUCAAUAAAAAAAUCGGUGGUGGAAUGCUUUUUGUCAAUAUUCUUCAUACGGCUUCUUUUCGUAAAAUUUAUCUGGAAUGCACAAUUAGUAUCGAGUUAGUGCUGAUUUAUCCAUAUUAUUACAAUGAACAACAAGCCCAAAUGCUGAUAGAUAUUUGGAAUAUUAGUGAGGAUUAACUGCGAUAUAAAUAAUUAACGCCCUGUAUUUGAUGUAACUGCUGGAAGAAAAAAAAAUCCAAAAACUUAAUACGUUUUUUUGUGAUAAAAGGUAGUGUAGAAAUUAUUUAAAUAGGUAGAAAAGCUCCAAUCCAGCAUCGGAAAUAAAAUGUAACUUAAUUAAGAACCGCUAAUUAAAUUUGGUGAUUGAUUUGGGGUUUAUCUGGACAAAGUGCAAACAUUUUCUAUGAUGGCCAUAUGGCCUGCCUAUUGAUAAGUUGAUAAAAGACCGAUAAAAAUUAUUUCCGCUUUCCCUAUUGAUGCCUUUACUAUACCGAGUGUGUCAUUUUUCAAACUCACAAACAACGGUUUAAACACGCUUGAUUUAAGCACGACAGGGCAAUGCCUAAAAUGCCGUUUUAUCGAGUUUUUUUGUAAGCGGAGCAAGUUAUUUUAAGAAUUGGAGAACACACCGUACCUUGCUCAUACUAAAGCAUCCUCACUUGUUUCUUCAGUUAUUUAGAGCGCAAAAAAUAGAUCAUUUCCAUUAAGAAAUGACUUUAGAGCCUUUAUAUAACUGGCGUUAGUUUCGAUCCAGAUUUCGCGUGUCUGCUGAUCCUGCUCAGUCCUGCAGCGCAGUCCUGUCGGUCGGUUUUCCUGCAAACGAUCUGGAUGUCACGCAACGAGAGCCAUUAGCUAGAAAUGGAAAACAUUUGCCGAUUUAAAAAGAGAAUGGUGUAUCCGGAACAGUUAAUCCUCGAUCAAGCUGCAGACAAAUCGACUUGCCGUGCAUCCUGGUGCAACGAUUUGGAAACGACCAGCAAUAUUGUCACGUUAAAUGCAGCAAAACAAAUAGGACGCAAACCGCACGAAAGGAACGUCGAAGUGGCUGACCGAAAAAUUGAAACCGCAUCAACAGACAAUUCCUCAGAUACCCAUCAUCAGUUCAUCCAGGACCGAAUAAGGCAUUUGGUCGAUGCGUUUUCCACCAGGGCUCAAACAGUCAGGCAAAGACUGGAAGGGCCUGAAACGCCUUCGUCUUUGAGUUCAUCUGCCGAUAUAGAAGGACCCACCACUCCAGUGAAUCCCCAUCCAAGGCUCAGUGUUUCGUUUUCCGAUAAAUACUUCAAUGAUGACGAUGAGCCGGAGUUUAAAAUAACAGCCGCAGGAUGUUUGGGUCGAUGCUUAAACCACAUCCAGAUUAUUGAUCCGAAUGGAAAAACUUACGUAGCCUGGAUGUGUAUUGUUACUUUGACUUUACUGUAUAAUGCCUGGGUGAUUCCUCUAAGAUCAACAUUCCCUUACCAAACACCGCAGAAUCGGCCCUAUUGGAUGGCCUUCGACUAUCUAUCGGACGCAAUUUACAUAAUUGAUAUGGUCCUGAUUCAGCCCAGAGUCAAAUAUUUGAACGAAGGCUUCUGGGUGACUGAGCGAAUGUUGCUCACGCAAAACUACAUCAAGAACAAACAUUUUAAGCUGGACGUUCUUUCGCUGAUUCCUUUGGACUUUUUCUAUUUACUGGUCGGCCCAGAGUUGGUCAUUUUGCGCCUUCCGCGCCUAUUCAAAACGCACACUUUUUGGGAAUUCUUCAGCUUAGUGGACCGAAGACUGGCCAAUCCGUACACAAUACGCAUCACAAAGACUUUUCUCUGCAUGAUGUAUUUGAUUCACCUUAACGCCUGUGCGUAUUAUGCUUUCUCCAUAUUCGAAGGCAUUGGAAGCAAUAGUUUUGUCUUCAGCGGCGAAGGCAACGCCUACAUCAAGUGCUUUUACUUCGCCACUAAAACUGCAACUUCCAUCGGCAAAAACCCCAAACCAUCCCAGGAGCUCGAGUACAUCUUCAUGACCUUUUCCUGGCUCAUGGGCGUGUUUGUCUUUGCGCUUCUCAUCGGGCAAAUCAGAGACAUAAUUUCGACAGCAACCCGAUCGAAAACGGAGUAUCGGAAAUUGGUGGAUGAAACUCUGGAGUACAUGAGGCGAAUGAAUCUCCCACAGGAAAUGCAAAGGAGAGUGCAGCUUUGGUUCAAUUACACUUGGGAGACGCAACACACUUUGGAUGAAAACAACAUCAUGGACUGUUUGCCGCACAAAAUGAAAACCGACAUUGCAAUCAAUGUUCACAUUAAUACGCUAAACAAGGUGAAGCUGUUUGCUGAUUGCGAUGAGGCGCUCAGAAGGGAAUUGGUGCUGGAGCUGAAGAGUGUGAUUUAUUUACCGGGGGAUAUCAUAUGCAAAAAGGGCGAUAUUGGAACCGAAAUGUACAUUAUUCAAUCUGGAAAAGUGCAGGUAAUUGGUGGCAAAAAUGGAACCGAAGUUUUAGCAACACUAUCUGAAGGUAGUGUUUUYGGAGAAAUCAGUUUGCUCGGCAUACCGGGAAUGAACAGACGAACCGCAGAUGUCAGAUCUUAUGGAUAUUCAAAUCUGUUCGUACUGGAUAAAGCCUCACUAAACCAAGCUCUGUCCCAUUAUCCUGAAGCUCAAGAAUUGCUCAACAAAAAAGCGAAAAUGCUCAUGAAAAAGAACGCAGCCAUGGAAAAGAAGAAUAAUGCGAUGAUUGUGAUUAAAAAUCCCACGUCGCCCGAGAAGCAUGCAAAACUGCUGGAAACAGUUUUACAGGUUUUGCCUCCAGAUUCCGAAACCAAUCGCCUAUUGCGAUAUGGAAGCCGUCAAGGGCCAAAAAGCCGACCGGAGAAUGAGAAAUUCAAGUACCGGAACAGCUUGCCGACGAUAAAAAACUAUCAGAGUCCGGAGGCAGGAAAUUUGAGUCAACAGAGUUUCAAAACAGAUGAUAUUGAAACGGAAAGUUCGGAGUCUGAGGAAUCGGAAGAAGAAACGCAAAUAACUAGGCAUACAACUUUAAAAUGCCUGAAAACCGAUAAAAACCUGCAUGCUUUUGACGAACGACAUACUAAUAAAAUUGUUAAGUUCGAUGUAGUUUUUGAGGAUACUGUUUAGGUGCAUGAUGAAAGCGAAGAGCGAGCAUGCUAUUUUUGCAUUUGUAGGGACAUAAUGUUGGGAAAAUUCCUUACUUAAUAAAUUAAAUUUCUU